CUAUGACUGAUGCAUCUCCAUCACCAACUCCUGCUAUGACUGAUGCAUCUCUAGCACCAUCUUCUGCUAUGACUGAUGCAUCUUCAUCACCAACUUCUGCUUUGACUGAUACAUCUCUAGCACCAUCUUCCGCUAUGACUGAUGCAUCUCCAUCACCAACUCCUGCUAUGACUGAUGCAUCUCUAGCACCAUCUUCUACUAUGACUGAUGCAUCUCUAGCACCAUCUUCCGCUAUGACUGAUACAUCUCUAUCACCAUCUUCCACUAUGACUGAUACAUCUCCAUCACCAACUCCUGCUAUGACUGAUCCAUCUCCAUCCCCAACUCCUGUUAUGACUGAUACAUCUCUAUCACCAUCUUCCACUAUGACUGAUACAUCUCUAGCACCAUCUUCCACUAUGACUGAUGCAUCUCCAUCACCAACUCCUGCUAUGACUGAUUCAUCAGUAGCACCAUCUUCCACUAUGACUGAUACAUUUCCAUCACCAACUCCUGCUAUGACUGAUUCAUCUCCAUCCCCAACUCCUGCUAUGACUGAUGCAUCUCUAGCACCAUCUUCCACUAUGACUGAUACAUCUCCAUCACCAACUCCUGCUAUGAUUGAUUCAUCUCCAUCCCCAACUCCUGCUAUGACUGAUGCAUCUCCAUCACCAACUCCUGCUAUGACUGAUGCAUCUCUAGCACCAUCUUCCACUAUGACUGAUACAUCUCCAUCACCAACUCCUGCUAUGACUGAUGCAUCUCUAGCACCAUCUUCUACUAUGGCUGAUACAUCUCCAUCACCAACUCCUGCUAUGACUGAUGCAUCUCUAGCACCAUCUUCCAAUAUGAACAUGUCUCCAUCACUAACUCCUGCUAUGACUGAUGUAUCCCUAGCACCAUCUUCCACUAUGACUGAUAUGUUUCCAUCACCUACUCUUGCUAUGACAGAUGCAUCUCUAUCACCAUCUUCCACUAUGACUGAUAUAUCUCCAUCACCAACUCCUGCUAUGACUGAUACUUCUCUAGCACCAUCUUCUACUAUGACUGAUGUAUCUCCAUCACCAACUCCUGCUAUGACUGAUGCAUCUCUAGCACCAUCUUCCACUAUGACUGAUGCAUCUCCAUCACCAACUCCUGCUAUGACUGAUAUAUCUCUAGCACCAUCUUCUGCUAUGACUGAUGCAUCUUCAUCACCAACUUCUGCUUUGACUGAUGCAUCUCUAGCACCAUCUUCUACUAUGAACGAUAUGUCUCCAUCACCAACUCCUGCUAUGACUGAUGCAUCUCUAGCACCAUCUUCCACUAUGACUGAUGCAUCUCCAUCACCAACUCCUGCUAUGACUGAUGCAUCUCUAGCACCAUCUUCUGCUAUGACUGAUGCAUCUUCAUCACCAACUUCUGCUUUGACUGAUGCAUCUCUAGCACCAUCUUCUACUAUGAACGAUAUGUCUCCAUCACCAACUCCUGCUAUGACUGAUGCAUCUCUAGCACCAUCUUCCACUAUGACUGAUAUGUCUCCGUCACCAACUCCUGCUAUGACUGAUGCAUCUCUAGCACCAUCUUCCACUAUGACUGAUGCAUCUCCAUCACCAACUCCUGCUAUGACUGAUGCAUCUCUAGCACCAUCUUCCACUAUGACUGAUGCAUCUCUAGCACCAUCUUCCACUAUGACUGAUAUACCUUCAUCACCAACUCCUGCUAUGACUGAUGCAUCUCUAGCACCAACCCCUGUUAUGACUGACAUAUCUCCAUCGCCAACUUCCACUAUGACUGAUACAUCUCCAGCGUCAGCUGUCACUGCUAACUUAACUACACCUGGCUUGGCUACAAUAGCUAACUCUACAACCGCUGGAGUUGAUACAACAAGCAAACAACCAGAAAAGCCUGUGACAACCAAAGUCCCUGUUACUGAAAAGCCAGGAAAGCCAGAAAAGAUCUUGGCAUUUUCCCUAAGCCUUGAUGGAAAUGCCACUGGUUUGGAUGACAAGACAUCAACUGCCUACAAGAAUUUGGAGCAAGAAUGCCUAACUGCAUUACGUCCACUGUAUGCAGCUCAGCGAGGCUUUAAUAGAAUCCAAAUCCUGGGAUUUCUGUCUGGAAGCAUCAUUGUGAGACAUCUCGUCAUCUUUGAUAGCGAGGAUGCAGCAUCUAAUGAUGAGAUAAUGAGUGCAGUGGAGAACACAGUCCUGAACGGUACCUUCAGCAUUGCAGGGUACAGUGUAGAGCCAGCUUCCUUCACAACUGUUACACUUACAAGCACAGAGAUUGCUGAGCUAGGAGAGGAUGGCCUGUGUACUACAGGUUGUGGUGCUGAUGCCAUGUGUAAUCUGACGACCAUACAUGGUGUGCUGGUAGCUCAGUGUGUCUGUGCAGCUGACUACUGUAAAAAUGGUGGACAGUGUGAGGUCAUACCUCAACAAGGACCAAAAUGCAGCUGUGUGGCCACCUCAUUUGGUUACUACGGUGGAGCAAGGUGUGAGGUGUACGCAUCUCAGACCCUGGUCAUCGGAGUGGGUGCAGGUGUGGGAGGGGGGCUGCUGCUCAUCAUCAUCAUCCUGGUGGUCUGUCUGUGCUGCUCAAGGAGGCGAGUUAAGGAUGACCUGGAAAGGCCUGACCAGAGUAACGUGUGGUUGGCUUCAGCUCGACCUGUCAGUUCAGUGACAAGAGGAAGACCAUCUGAUGAGGCAGUGCCUCUCUAUAACCUGGCAAAGAAUGAAUAUGACCAGCGGAACACAGACUCACCACAGAACAACCUGGCCCGAGCCUCCCGGCUGACUGGGUACGAGUUUAACUACCUGAAGGGGGAACUGACUACAUUCCAGGAGGGAGAUCAGCACAACCCCAACAGGCAGUGGAACCCUACGGUGGAGAAUGUGCCAACCAAGAAGGAAUUCAAGCUUCCUCGUCCCAAAGUCUCCAGUGGUGAAGUGAAUACAAACCGAUAUUCAGCUUAUUACUAGAUGUUGGAUUGGGAAGUGUCUUGGUCACAAUGUCUUGACUGGAUGUUGUCUAUUCAACAAGGAUAGCAUUUCAAGACUACAAACGUUAGUCCAGCGUUUUGCGUUUUGACUUAAAACCAUUGUUAAUAUCAUCAUUACAACUCAUGUUUUGAUUGUUCUGUUCAAGAUUCUAAGUUACUUUUGUUACAGUAUAUGUUAUCUUUACUAACUGUUUUGUAAUAGAUGUUUAACAGAUUGUUUUGUUACUUAGUUCAAGAUUGUAGCAAAUGUGUUCUGUUGUGUAGACUGGACCCCUUGAAAACCAGCUUAUACAAAGCUAAGGGAACCAAAGUAGAAAGUUUAAGACAUGUAUGGGUUUCUUUAAAUUGAAUGUUAAUAUAGUAAGAAGUUUUUUAAAGUUCAGAAAUAGCACUAAUGGGUUCUGCCCUUGGUGCUGAAAUUGCUAUGACAUACAUACACAUUUGCAUGUUUAUGAAAUAUGUCAUUUGCAUCUUUGGGAGACUUGAAUGACACCCUUAUCAUUUGAUCAUUUUCCUUGUUGAAAUAGCCUUUUGACACUAUACUGAUAGUAUACAGGGUAAUCACAAAGCAUAGUAUAUAGACAAAGAUGAAAAUGCCACAAAGGGGUGUUACAAAUGGCACUGUCAACACGGUGGUUGAAACAAGUUUUUUGUGGCAAGUGAAUGCUUAGCCAUAGGACAUCAAUAAACAAAUACAUAAAUCAGAAAAAUAGCUAAAUAUUAUUUUGUAUACAUUCGGUAAGGAUGGACUUACCUGUUUAAGAAACUCAAUGAAAAUGACAAAAGGAAAUAAGUCAUUAAUGUAUCAUUGGUCAAUAGCUGGCAUUUUAGAUUCUUGCAUUCAUUAGAGUUGUGGACUUGUGAAUGUAAUGUGUGCUUCAUCUCUUAAAGUAGAAUUAACUUCCAAACGCCCUAUUUAUCAAAAGUACACAUUAGUGAUGUGUGACAUUUGCUUCAUUGCAAAACUUUGUAUAGCUAACAAUCUGUUUUCUUAAUCCAAUUAUUCCAUGGGUUUGUUUCAUUGUUUUUUUAUUAAACCAUCAUCCAAUUG